GCCGCUCAUGACUGUUUGCAGAUGGCAGGAACGACAAGCAAUUUCCAAGGCACUGACCAAACGCUGUCAAUUACCCUAAGAAGAACUCCGCCAAAGAUUACAGCCAACCCCAUAAAAUAUGCACCUGAGCUCGAUGGUAAUAAAGUAUAAGUAGACAAGCUUAACGUGCCUCAACCCGUAUAAUGCCUUCAAGAUCUCGGGCAUUAAUCUUUUGGACUCAAUGCUGGACCAUGCGCGGCAUCUAAUUCAUAGCUUGGGACAUCUUAUGCGGACUUUCAAACCAGUCUUUGCUCAUGGAAGGAAUCAAGAAACGAAAGGCUGCCAGCUCAGCACCAGAGGAUCAAGCAGAAUUCCUCGAUGAGCAAGAGCAAGAGCGCCUGGUGAGCGAUUUGCGCAUCGAGAAUGACAAGUCCAAUCGCAGCAUUCAGGUUAGAGCGAGAACAGGAAUCACAAUACGCAGUAUAUCUUGCAGACAUUGACAACCUUAUUUUGCUUAUCCAGAGAGGACUUGCGGGGCUUUCAGUUCUUGUGUCAUCGCUCUACUUUUUAUAUCUUAAAGAAAUAUGUUUUCCCCCAAAUGACCUUUCAUCACCCAUGAUACCAAUUCCAUCAAGUGAACCUAUUACUUCAGAAACAUACUAUCCAGGUACAGCGGCCAUAACCAGUUUAAUUUCGCUGUAUCUUUCGUUAUAUGUGGUCAUCUUAAACGCAGGUUUAUCGGUGAUCGACCUAGCCAAGUCAGCUUUAUCCAAGGAUGUCCCACAGGGCAGCCCGCAGUCAGCUUUCAAGGUUAUCAUCGUCAAUUUGGUGGUCAGCUGGAUCCCAAUGUUGGUAUCUUAUAGUGUAUCAGGCAAAGAACUCAUCUUUUGGGCUAUCCCAUUCCUUGUUGUAUUAAUGGAUCUUUUCGCCCUUCAAAUGAUGGAAAAUGUCAAUCUAGAAUUUGCUGGUCUUGAUGCAGCCAGAUACAAGUAUAAAGGAGCGUGAUAUACGAAAUAAAUUCGCAGUAAAAAAUAAAAUAAUUUUUUUGAGCAUUUCUG